AUGGACGGAAGUUUAAACGACAGUAUUUUGCUUAAAGAAUUGAAAAUAUAUCAAUGGAUAUUUUCUGUAUUUGGUUUCAAUUUACCACCAUUUUUAAUAUAUCGUCCACAAAAAGAUGUUAAAUAUUACUUCGUCUUAAUAAUUUAUAUCCUCUAUUGUCUUAUACUCCUUGGGGGUGCUAUAUGGGCCGCUUAUGUGCACAACAUAAUAGUUAGAAAAGCUACUCUUCGGCAUCAUUUGGACUUUAUGACCGAAUUAGUUACCUAUAUACAAAACGUUGCCAUGGCCGGUUUGCAGUUAUUAUUUGUAUAUAAAAGUUGCUGUUGUCAUCGUAAGCUAUGGGAUAUUUUGUUAAGUAUUAAGAAAUUGGAACAGAUUAUGCUUACAAUAUGUCCGAUCAUGUUUGACGAUCAAGUGCUUAAAAAACGUCUAUUACUAACUACCGCUCCAGGUUUAUUUUUUUCGGUGUCCUUUUUAAUAUAUUUCAAUAUCAUGCUGCUCGCCUCAAACAUGGAACUAAGAGAUAAAUUACUAGCUGUUAUUUUCUUAAUGACUGUACAAAUGAAAUUCCUGGAAUAUGGAAUUUAUGUACAGUUGUUAUAUGAAUAUUUAUUGAUGUUGUUGAAAAGUUUGAGGAGCAUUAAGGGAAAAGUGGAAAAUGCAGUGGGAUGGAAAAAACCUUUAGAGUGGUAUUUUUGCAAAACUUUGAGGCUAAAUCAAGGGGCCUUAAUGAAAAUCUGGUUUUUGAUCUAUAAACUGGAACAAUAUUUUGCGUGGCCCAUGCUGCUUUUGUUUUUCUAUAAUGUGAUUAUUAUAAUGUGCACAUAUAAGAAAUUUUCCCACAUUUUACUUAACUUCAAACUAUAUCCUCAUGAUAAACAAAUGAUUAUGGUCAUUAAAGAAUAUUCACAGCAGUUGAUGCAUCAACCCAUUCAAUUUUCCUGUAGUGGUUAUAUGAAUAUCGAUCUUAUGUUUUAUGGAAAGGCAUCAUUGCUUAUAUUAACUUACGUUAUAAUUUUAGUUCAAUUUAAAUUAACGGAC